AUGCUUGCGCCGGCAAUGAGCUUCCUCAAAAGCUUCCCGCCGCCUGGGUCAGCAGCCGGACUCCGGCUGCAGCAGCCGGACACCGAGGCUGUGCUGAACGGGAAGGGGGUCGGCACCGGCACUCUUUAUAUUGCGGAGAGCCGCCUGUCUUGGUUAGAUGGUUCUGGAUUAGGAUUCUCACUGGAAUACCCCACCAUUAGUUUACAUGCGGGGUCCAGGGACCCAAAUGCUUAUCCUCAAGAGCAUUUGUAUGUUAUGGUGAAUGCCAAAUUUGGAGAAGAAUCAAAAGAACCUCUCUCUGAUGAAGAUGAGGAAGACAAUGAUGAUGUUGAACCCAUUUCUGAAUUUAGAUUUGUGCCCAGUGAUAAGUCAGCAUUGGAGUCGAUGUUCACAGCAAUGUGUGAAUGCCAGGCCUUGCAUCCAGACCCUGAGGAUGAAGACUCAGUUGACUAUGAUGGAGAAGAGUAUGAUGUGGAAGCACAUGAACAAGGACAGGGGGACAUCCCUACAUUUUAUACCUAUGAAGAAGGACUAUCCCAUUUAACGGCCGAAGGGCAAGCCACGUUGGAGAGAUUAGAAGGAAUGCUUUCUCAGUCUGUGAGUAGCCAAUAUAAUAUGGCAGGUGUCCGAACAGAAGAUUCAGUAAGAAAUUAUGAAGAUGGCAUGGAGGUAGAAACUACACCAACUGUUGCCGGACAAUUUGAAGGUGCAGAUGUUGAACACUGA